AUGGUAAAACAGGCAAAGGCUGAGGAAUGGGCCAAUACCUGCUCCAUGAGUCACAGUCCUGCCAGUAAUGGAGCGAUCAGCAUGACCACUACGACUGAGAAGAAUGAGAUUGUGAACAAGCACAAUACUCUGAGGAGGAAUGUUCAGCCUACUGCGAGCAACAUGUUGAAGAUGAACUGGAGCAACGAGGCUGAAGCCAACGCUCAGAGAUGGGCUAACACCUGCUCCAUGAAGCAUAGUCCUGCCAGCAACAGAGUGAUCAGCACCAGCGGCUGUGGGGAAAAUCUAUACUAUUCCAGCUUCCAGAACACUUGGAGCAACGCAAUCCAGUCCUGGUAUAACGAGGUGAAGGAUUUCAGCUAUGGAGUGGGAUCUACCAAUGGAGGAGUGGUGGGACACUACACACAGGUUGUUUGGUACAGGUCUAAUCAGAUCGGCUGUGCUAUGGCCUACUGUCCCAACUCCAAAUACAAGUACUUCUACGUCUGCCAUUACUGCCCACCUGGAAACUACCAGUUAACCCAACCCUACAAGAAAGGACCCUCCUGCGGUGACUGUCCCAACGCCUGUGAAAACAACCUGUGCACCAACCCCUGUCCCUUCUCUGAUAAGUACAGUAACUGUCCCCAGCUGAAGCAGCAGUGGGGCUGCAACCACCCAGAUGUUGCCUCUUGGUGCCCCGCCUCCUGUAAAUGCACCAAUCAGAUUAUCUAA